AUGUCGCGAUCCCUACCGAAGAAGAACAACCCGCUGAUCCUCACUGAUGUGGCUCCGCCAUAUGAGGAUCUUCUUGCGCGCCGCCGUCUGGGCAAGACCAAUCUCUCCGUCAAGCCUACCCAAAUCGGCACAUCCAAUGCGACAAAGCCUGAGAACCUAGGCCUGUUCGAGUAUGCCCACCUUCGGGCUCCUCUGCCCAAGGACUUGCAGGGCUCAGAGAUCUUCCCAUCACACUCUCCCGCACAGCACCCCGAGACUUACUUUUUGAUGCGGAGGAGUAAAGAUGGGUUUGUCAGCGCGACAGGAAUGUUCAAGAUCGCAUUCCCUUGGGCCAAGACCGAAGAGGAGAAGAAUGAGAGAGAGUAUCUGAAGUCGCGCGAGUACACAAGCCAGGAAGAAGUUGCUGGCAAUGUAUGGAUCUCUCCUGAAUUCGCGCUGGAGCUUUCCAGGGAAUACAAGAUGUACGAUUGGGUCCGCGCCCUAUUGGAUCCUACCGAUAUCGUCCAGAGCCCGACAAGCGCGAAGAAGCAAAUCACUCCUCCACCCAAAUUCGAACUGCCCAUGGAUGAGCCAACCUCAAUGCGCCGGAGCCGCCGGUCAGUCUCCCCGAGCAAGAAGUCUACGUCUCCGCGCAAGUCUCGGACAGCCCGCUCUGCCAAGGAUGUCAUGAGCACCCCGUCUACAGCCGCUGCCAACAGUAACCUCCAAGAGGCUCUCGAGAUGACCGCUUCAAUGGAGGCUUCAGCAAACAGCCCCAUCCGUCCGGUUGUGCUAGAAGAGGUGGAAGUGAAGGAAGUCACGGUGCAAGGAUCACCGGAGAAGAAGAAGGGACGCAAGCCUAAGAAGGCCGCUGCGGAGACUGAGGAGGGCAAGCAAGAGGAAGAUGAGGAGCAGAAGGACAAAAAGAAGGCCGAAAAGAAGGAGAAGAAGAAGACCGAAAAGCCAGAGAAGAAAAAGAAGGAGACCAAGGAAGAGACUGAGAUUGAGGUCACCGUAGCUGCUCCGGCCACGGACGAUGCCCAAAAGACCACUUUCACUCUCGAUAUGCCUAUUUCUCUUCCGGAGGUACCAUCUGCCGCCGAAACCCAGGAGAUGAUCGCUAAAGCUAAGGAGAUGGUGGAGGAUGCCAUCAAGAGCCAGGCCGACGGCGCUGUGGCCGGGUCAUCAUCUGUCAAGGUGACCAAGAAGCGCAAGCCCGUGGAGGAAGAUGACGAGGAGACUGCGGCCGAGGCAGCUCAACGGGCCAAGAAGGCCAAGGUGCUUGAGGACAAGUUGAAGCGCGAGCGGGUGCGCAACCGCGCUCUCUUUGGUGUCUCGGCAGCUUUUGCUCUUGCUGCAACCAUUCCCUAUUUCUUCUAG